CAACAAGAGAAGUGAGAAGGUAACGAGUGUGGACAUAUGUGAUCUAUCAAGACGCCUCGUGUCAAAAAGUUCCUACGCGAUACGCCAGAACGUUUUAUCUGGCAUGAAUUUCAGCGUCCUUGGAUAUUGAACACUGACGUUACUCAUAUAAGUGCUUGGAACGUUGAAGAUUUGUGCGGGGAUAUUUUUCAGUGCUCAUUCCAAUUGAUAGGAGAAUGUCUUGCAGUGGAACACGUGCGCUUUGUAUUGUGCUUUCUGUGGUGAGCUUGAGCUGCAUUUGUGAAAGCAAGAACUGGCGUCGAGUGAACACAACGUGCCCUCGUCUUGAACAGUGUGACUGCAGAAUUCUUCAGGCCGGCGCCACUGUGUUGUGUCAGCGCGUCAAGAGCGACGUGGACUUGUCGGGAGAGUUGGCAAAACUUCAGGGGACAAUGAUCCGAAGACUUACCUUCUCCAACGUCCAAGUGGACACGCUGCCUUCGUCCUGGUUUCGUAACAUAACUGUCGUGGUUCUAAUGAUUAACUAUUCUCCCGUCCGGUUAAUUGAAGAUCAAGCUUUUUUCGGCGUGAAAAGGCUAAAGAUAAUCGAAUUUGUAAAGACUCGCUUUGCGACUGUGCCUCGGGCCCUUUCUGCUUUGCAGCAGCUCAGAGACCUGAGAAUUCAGGAAAAUUUCGUCACGACCAUUGGAAACGAGUUGCAGUCCUUACGUACAUUGGUGACGUUGAGCUUUUCUGAAAAUCAAAUUAAUUUCAUCAAGGAGAGUGCUUUUGCGACUCUAAAAAACCUGAGAAAACUGCGAUUGCAAAACAAUAGACUUGAAUAUUUACCUCCUCUUCUAUUUAAGGACCUAACAAAGUUGGAGGUGGUUGAUCUACACGACAAUCGCAUCAAAACAGUGCAUGACGCAUUCCAGGGUCUGCCUUUCUUAAAGGAAAUUUAUUUAUAUGGCAACGCCAUCACUGACAUAGACAAACUCGCAAAAGGAGAUCUGAAGAGUCUCAAAAUAUUAACAGCAGACAACAAUUUUAUGAAUUCGAUACUUGACUUCGGACCUAUAAACAUCAAGAUUGAAAUCCUGCGUCUUCGAAAUUGUGGGAUAUCUUAUAUUCAUCCAUUUGCUUUUCGUGCACUAGAAAAAUUAACAUAUCUUGAUGUGGCCAACAACAAAAUAUCUCACAUAAACGGAUCGGCGUUUCACAGGGCGUCAGGGCUACUGUAUUUCAGUGGAGGGACUAACAAUAUCAUCAGUUUGGCAGGUACCUUCAGCAGAACCAGAAAACUGCUCAGCCUCAAUGUAUCCUAUAACGUGAUCGAUGAUGUAACCGACGCAUUCACGCAGCUUGUUGUUCUAAGGAAAUUAAUGCUAAGAAACAAUCGAAUUAAAUAUAUCCGCGAUGGCACCUUUCGAAAUAACGGAAAUCUUAAGUAUCUUGAUCUUGCAGAAAACAGGAUAGAAUGGCUCGGCAAAAGGGCUUUCUCGGGUCUCGUCAACCUAGACUUGUUGUCCGUUUCAGACAACUUCCUGCUGCACUUGAACGGAUCUGUGAGCCACAUGCCCCAGCUUCGUAUACUAAAUUUUUCUCAUAACGCGAUUCAAACUUUAUACGGAAACGAUUUUUACAACGAUCCGGAACUUACCUUUAUAUAUGCUUACGGCAACAAUCUCAGCACGAUUGAAGGGGCCUUUCAGACAUCUCCAAAACUACGAAGUUUGCAUAUACAAAAAAACAAUUUAAAAACGCUACCCAGAACGAGUUUUCCAGCUUCAUUGCAGAGGCUACAAAUUCUUGUGUUUGAAGGAAAUCCGAUCACUUGCGAUUGCCGGAUGUCCUGGCUUUUGCGGAUGGCUCAACAUAGAGUACAACAAGGCAGUCCUGUGUGUGAAGGACCACCACCUUUAAGGGGGAGACUCUUUCACAAUAUGACUAAAGAAGACUUGACAAGAUGGCCGACUGACUGCUUCGAGAGUUGUGCUUGCUACUGCUAUGAGGACGAUUCACCUGAGCAAAACAUUUACGUAAACUGCUCAAAUGCACACCUAAUGCGCAUACCAAAAUACUUCCCAAAGGGCACUCGUAUAGGUGACUUCAGCGGAAAUCAACUGGAGCGCCUCGAUGACACUCUUGUAAAGAAGGCACCAAGCAUUGAAUCGCUGAUACUGAGAAAUAACACCCUUAGCAUCGUUGAACCAGCGGUUGUUCCUGACAGUGUGAGGCACUUGAAUUUGAGGAACAACAAACUAACUCGGCUACCGUUGGACCUUGUAGAGAAACUCAACUUGACCAGCAUAUUGCUGGCUGGAAAUCCUUGGCACUGCAAAUGCGAGGACUACGCUUUCAGGCAAUGGGCAGAAGCUAACUCGUACAUGGUUCAAGAUGCUGAUGAAAUUAUGUGCUCUUUGCAAUCCCAUACUCCGGAAGCUAUGAAGCCUUUUAUGAAAUUAGGACAGAAGGAACUCUGUCCUUCAGCCACCUCAGCAUUGCUGCUCUAUGGAGCUCAUGUACUAGUGUUUCUAGCCUGUGCCCUGACGGCGUCGACCGCUUACCUCAAGUACAAGCGAGAGAUUAAAGUGUGGCUGUACGCACGGGGACUGUGCAGCCGGCUUCAGUGUAUCAAAGAAGACGACCUAGACGACGAUAAGCUCUUCGACGUCUUCCUAUCGUUCAGCAGCAAAGACUCCAAUUGGGCCUACAACGAACUCAUUCCCAAGAUAGAGAGUCACGGCUUCUCCAUCUGCACCUAUGACCGCAACUUUAAGGGUGGCUACCUAGUUCAAGAUAUCAUUCAUGAAGCCGUGGCCUGCUCGAGACGCAUCCUCCUCCUGUUGACAGAGAACUUUGUAGAGAGCGAGUGGUGCCGCUGGGAGUUCCGAGUUGCCCACCAUCGUGCACUUGAAGACAACACCAACCGGCUCAUCGUCGUUCUUGUGGACGAGGUGACUUCCGACGCUGUCGACGAAGAGUUACGACGUUAUAUGCAGGUCACAAAUUUCCUUCGCUGGGGAGAGUCGCACUUCUGGGACAAACUCCUAUACUCGCUGCCCAAGAAAGACUCCCAACGCAGACUUAUCCCCAGCUCCCAGGAGUAUGCAUCGAGUCAUCUGUGAAGCUAUAGGGGACGAUGGCGACUAUCGCUGCAGAUUUCCUCAAUAAAGUUUGGCUUGUUUAUGUUUUCGCCAAA